CCCAUCCUGUGCGGCUCCAUUCCUGGCCUGGUGCCCAAGCAGCUGCGAUUCUGCCGGAAUUAUGUGGAGAUUAUGCCCAGUGUGGCAGAAGGGGUGAAGAUCGGCAUCCAGGAGUGCCAGCAUCAAUUCAGGGGCCGUCGCUGGAACUGCACCACCAUCAACGACAAGGCCAUCUUCGGACCAGUGCUGGACAAAGGUAACGUAUGGUAAUAUAAUUAAAAGAGAAGACAGGAUACACUCAUAAAACACUGCAAGCUAGCCAUCUUUGGACCAGUGCUUGACAAAGGUAACAACAUAUCUUGAGAGAAAAAGGCACUAUAAUAAAACAGUGCAGCCUUGGCAUUUCUCCUACUGGGCUACUCAUCCACAGAAUAGGAUGGCUAUGGGGUGACAGCCUACAUUAUACAUUUAAUAACACUUUGUAACUGUGAGAACCAAGUAUAAAACCAGUUUGCUAUAUUAGAAAACACUUUCUUUGUGCUGUACAGUACAAGUGACAACCAAAUUAUUUUCCUGCAUGAUUGAAUACAUGAAGUGAGUGUUUUCCCCAUACCUGUUCUCAAGUUCAUGGAAGAAUACUAGUGUACUAAAAUCAUCACCUAUUAAUGUUGGUAAUGCUUGGCAUUUCAAAUGAGAAACGAUACCUAACCCUGUAUCGACUAAAACUCUACCACUCACUUUACUCAGGGCUGCAACUGGUGUUGAUAUUGACAGGGUAGAAUAAGACCAUUAUGUUGUUAGUUGAUAGAUCAAGCAAGCAACUGUUUUAACUCCAUCCUGCCUCAGUCAGUUUGUGUGUGUGUGUGUGUGUGUGUGUGUGUGUGUGUGUGUGUGUGUGUGUGUGUGUGUGUGUGUGUGUGUGUGUGUGUGUGUGAGUGUGUGUGUGAGAGAGAGAGUAUCAUAUGCAAUUAAAAUCCUUGUUCAAAUAGACUUGUGAGAGUCACUCAGCUAUGAGCUGUUUGAACAGAAGAAAUGAUGUGUAUACACACUACUUUGGGUGGAGAAUGUUGUCUUUUGUUGGAAUUUUCUCUGUAAGGGAAUCCCCUUCACCCCCCCCCCCCCUCUAUGUGAUGUGUGUAAAAUAGGGAUAAAGUCAGACAUUAUACAUUAAAUUCCAGCAGAAUAUUAUGUUUUCUUAUUUCUGUCCCAUCAUCUCCCAUAUUGUACUCAAACAUUUUUAAUCCUUGUAUUAUUCAGCUGUGAUAUCAUGAAGCUAGUGGUUUCUCUGUCUCCACACUAUUGCACUGUGACCCUGGGAUUAGUUGCCAGUAGUCAAGGGUAGAGGGAUGAGCAGAGAGGAGCAUGGAGGGUGGGGGGGGGGGGGUCUAAACCUGUCAACUGGGUUUGGAAAAGACUGAUGUUUACUAUAGUGGGAUGUGGGGUUAGUUGGGGCAAUUGCUUUUAAUAAACUCUUGAGCCAGUUGUUACAUUGAUGGAGAAGGCUUGAGCUCAAGUAGGUGGGUAAUGAUAGGGGUUCACAGUCCCUGGCCUCAUUGUGGUGUAAAUACCUCCACAUCUCCCCCAUGGCUUCUCUCCCUCCUUGUCUAAAUUGCAGGGGCACUGGGUGGAAAGGGGAGGUGGGGAGAGAGGCAGCCAGGCCAGGCUACUCUUGGGGUCUGGGCUGGGGGGGCUUUAGUAAAUCAUUUUGAUUGGAUUAAGGUCAGUGAAGCCCUUAAUAAUGUGAGAGGUCAAAGUGGUUGGAUUAAGUGUCUUUGUCAGAGCCCAGGGAGAGUGACUGGCGGGGGCUCAGGGCCUUUUGAUAGGGCUUAGUAAGGGAGAAGUUUCUCAUUUCAUUUGCUUUGAUUGAUGCUUGUAUUUGUCUGUGCAUCGGGUCCAUUGUCCCCCGGCAAGGCCAGUGUCUGUUCUGUUUGUCUGCUGAGCAGACGGAUGUGUGUUUGUUUCCUCCUCAGGCCUUUUUAUUGGGAGAAAGGCUGAAAGGAACCGUAGGCCUCAAAAGCUUUGCACCUAUCUGUUAGUUAGCCUAUUAAUACCAAUCCCUUGUCUUAACCAGUUUAUUGGCAGGCAUCCCCCUGAACAGCUUCCAGGCAAAGAUGAGGAAAGAGCAGGACUCAAGUUUGCGCCUUCAGAUACAUAACCUACUGUAUAUGCCAUCACUUAGGUAGGAAAAGAAUGAAUGAAGGUAUAUAUGUGUGAUUUAUAAUGGAUUUAUGCACUGAGUGUACAAAACAUUAGGAACAUCUUCCUAAUAUUGAGUUGCAGCUCCUUCUGCCCUCAGAACAGCCUCAAUUCGUCGGGGCAUGGACUCUACAAGGUGUCAAAAGCGUUCCACAGGGAUGCUGGCCCGUGUUGAUUCCAAUGCUUCAAAUUGGCAGGAUGUCCUUUGGGUGGUAGACCAUUCUUGAUAUACACAGGGAACUGUUCAGCGUUAAAAACUCAGCAGCAUUGCAGUUCUUGACACACUCAAAUCGGUGCGCCUGGCAGCUACUACCAAAUCAAAUCAAAUCAGAUUUUAUUUGCCACAUGCGCCGAAUACAACAGGUGUAGACAUUAGCGUGAAAUGCUUACUUACAUCCCUUAACCAACAAUGCAUUUAUUUUUUUAUAAAAAAGUAAAAUAACACAACAACAACAAAAAAGUAUUGAGAAAAAAAGAGCAGAAGUAAAAUAAAAUAACAGUAGGGAGGCUAUAUACAGGGGGGUACCGGUGCAGAGUCAAUGUGCGGGGGCACCGGCUAGUUGACCAUACCCCAUUCAAAGGCACUUAAAUCUUUUGUCUUGCCCAUUCACCCUCAAUCCAGACAAUCCAUGUCUUCAUUGUCUCAAGGCUUAAUAAUCCUUCUUUAACCUGUCUCCUCCCCUUUAUCUACACUGAUUGAAGUGGAUCGUUUCUCAUUUGACAUCAAUAAGGGAUCAUAGCUUUUCACCUGGAUUCACCUGGUCAUGGAAAGAGCAUGGUUUGUACACUCAGUGUAUGACAGAGAAGAAAGUUAUUUGAAUAGACACACGGGUUAUAGAAUGCCUUGAAACACUGAGUGGAAAACAUGUUUGGAUUUUGAAACAUUUUGUUGCUAGUUCUGGCAACAACCCGUUGUACUGAUCACACCCUCUCACUCACACUAUCUCUCCUUUUAUUCAGUACACAUCAAACAAACUGUAUCAUGCAGAUGUGGUGUUAUGCACGCUUUCUACAUAGUAUUCGGUUUUCCUUGGUCUUUUCCAUCAUUUGUUUACAUGAAUGCAUGUGGAACCAUCCCUAUCCGAUAAGCAUGGCAGAGAGAGAUGAGAGAAGGAAGAGAGAGAAGAGAAGAGAGGAGGAGAGGGGAGAAGGAAGGGGACGCGAAGGACGAGAAGCGAGAGCGAGAGAAGAGAAGAGAGAGAGCAAGAGAGAGCAGAGAGAGGAGAGUAGAAAGAAGAGAGAGAGAGCGAGAGAGAUGAGAGAGAGAGAUAGAGAGAGAGAGAGAGGAGAGAGAGAGCCUAUAGGGAGAGAGGAUCUAUCUCUCUCUCUAUCUCUCUCUCUCCUCUCUUACUCUUCUCCUCUCUCUCUCUUCUCUCUCUCUCCAGUAAUUUACAUUAACCAAAGUGUCAAAACAUGUGCCGCUUGAAUCUGUCUGUAAUGAAAGGGGAGGCAAACUGUGCAGGUGUUCUCAGUUUGUGUGUGUCGGACAGGAAAGGGACGUGCGUUGGGGAGCUUGUUUGGCACACUUGAAGUAGGAGGAGUAUAGGACAUUGCAGCAGGGCUGCAGCCAAACCCUAGCCUAGUGUGAGUGAUAGAGUUGCUUAGAACAGGGAAGGUCAACUAGAGUGGACAGACAGUCACACGAACACAGACACAAAAGCUCAGUCUCACAGGUAUAAACAUGCACUGUUAGUCACCCCAGUGGAUUAAAUUGAUAAAAAGGAAAUUAAGUGUCUUUCUGAUACGAUAGGUCUCCAUUAUGUAAUACCUGUAAGUUAAUAUGAUAUGGACUUACAAUGAGCAAUAAUAUGUGGUAUUGUCCCGAUUGUGAAUUAUAGUUCAGGUAGUCGUUAAUGUGCUAUCACAGCUUCACAGUUGGACUUUAUAGUACUGCAAUACCCAUGAGAAUAAUGUGCAACUGACAACCAUAGCCACAAGGCUUGGAAAAUCAGGAUGUUUUUACUUGAUUUAUGGACUGAUAUAUAAACAAUAACUGGGAUAAAUGUCUUAGAUGGAAAAUAAAGGCAGUGCAUCUGCUUCUAUAUUCUAGGUGUUCAAAUUUCAAUGCAUUCAAAUUAUGCACUUUAUAUUCUUCUCCUUGGUGCUUAAUGCCUCAACUAAACCAAGCAGGGAAAAGGUCAGUCAGGGAAUUCAGGUUACGACCCCUGACCUCAGGAUGAGAAAGUGUUACAGUUUAGGAUGUGCUAAGAGGGCCCUGCUUUUCAUAAAGUGCAUGUUUCUCCAUGCUGGGGGAGGUGAGGUUAGUGCACCAUAAUAUCAUUAACUCUGGCUAAGAAAGAAAGAAUGGGUGUGGUAAAUGGAGUUGAUGGGGGGACCUUAGCCCCACACCCCGCUGGGUGCUGCUCGGAGCACAAUAUCUCUGCAACCAUGAGAUUAAGCCGGGAGAGAAAGCGCUUUUCCCCAUUCACACGCCCUUUAGAUUGUUUUAUUAAACCAUUUGAAUAGGGAUUUCCCAGUCUGCCGACAUGCGGGGUCUGGCCAACGCAUAGUUCUCUGUUGCUAUGACUUAACUUGGUCUCCACUAAUCACUGGCUAGGGCAGAUUUCAUAUAAAAUAUCUGGGGCCAUUGUGGGGCUAACGCGGCGUGACAGUGGCAGCACAAUAGGGGAUUCAGCCCCCCAGCAGGUCGUUGGGACCACUUGCCAUGCCAGGGUCCGGCAAAGUAUGGUAGGGGGGGGUCACAAGUAAUCAGUCCACUUAGACUAGGCACCCCCGGACACAUUCUGUUCCAGGUAAGCCCUGGUCUGUCCCACCCACCACCCACCACCCACCCCUAGAUGUCAGGACCUAGUUAUUUUUUCUCUGUCUCGCCUUCUCUUUCUCAUCUUGUCCCCAGAUAAUCUUAUUUUCCUUUCUUUUGGUCUCAUCCCUCCAUUUCUCCCUCCUCUCUCCCCCUUUCUUUGCUCUGUGGCAUCAUUGUCAGUAAGCCGUAAGGGUUUGACCCAUGGUUUAUUGGCUUCCUGAUAAUAAAAGUGGGCGACUCAGUGGUUUUAAAUUGAAAUAGAAAAGACACCCUCCCAAGCUUUAGACCAUUCAUACCUCCAACUACCAACCACCACAUAGAGACUGCUUCAGGGUCAUGGAAUAAGGAGACAGUCAACAUUAAAUGUGCUGUCAUUUGUAAAGUUCUAUCUGUAUGUUUCAAAGGAAGACAUUUUCUGAUGGGGUUCAACCAAAUAGAUUUGCCCUUUGUUCUGUUUUUAUUAUGCUUUCCAUAUCUGCUGUAUAUACAGUACCGUUCAAAAGUUUGGGGUCACUUAGAAAUGUCCUUGUUUUCGAAAGAAAAGCAAUUUUUUUGUCCAUUAAAAUAACAUCAAAUUGAUCGAAAAUACAGUGUAGACAUUGUUAAUGUUAUAAAUGGCUAUUGUAGCUGGAAACGGCUGAUUUUUAAUGGAAUAUCUACAUAAGCGUACAGAGGCCCAUUAUCAGCAACCAUCAGUCCUGUGUUCUAAUGGCACGUUGUGUUUGCUAAUCCAAGUUUAUCAUUUUAAAAGGCUAAUUGAUCAUUAGAAAACCCUUUUGCAAUUAUGUUAGCACAGCUGAAAACUGUUGUGCUGAUUAAAUAAGCAAUACAACUGGCCUUCUUGAGACUAGUUGAGUAUCUGGAGCAUCAGCAAUUGUGGGUUCGAUUACAGGCUGAAAAUGGCCAGAAACAAAUAACUUUCUUCUGAAACUCAUCAGUCUAUUCUUGUUCUGAGAAAGGAAGGCUAUUCCAUGCGAGAUAUUGCCAAGAAACUGAAGAUCUCGUACAACGCUGUGUACUACUCCCUUCACAGAACAGUGCAAACUGGCUCUAACCAGAAUAGAAAGAGGAGUGGGAGACCCCAGUGCACAACUGAGCAAGAGGACAAAUACAUUAGAGUGUCUAGUUUGAGAAACAGACGCCUCACAGGUCCUCAACUGGCAGCUUCAUUAAAUAGUACCCACAAAACACCAGUCUCAACGUCAACAGUGAAGAGGCGACUCCGGGAUGCUGACCUUCUAGGCAGAGUUGCAAAGAAAAAGCCAUAUCUCAGACUGGCCAAUGAAAAGAAAAGAUUAACAGGACAAUGACCCAAAGCACAGCUCCAAACUAUGUAAGAACUAUUUAGGGAAGAAGCAGUCUGCUGGUAUUCUGUCUAUAAUGGAGUGGCCAGCACAGUCACCGGAUCUCAACCCUAUUGAGCUGUUGUGGGAGCAGCUUGACCAUAUGGUACGUAAGAAGUGCCCAUCAAGUCAAUCCAACUUGUGGGAGGUGCUUCAGGAAGCAUGGGGUGAAAUCUCUUCAGAUUACCUCAACAAAUUGACAACUAGAAUGCCAAAAGUCUGCAAGGCUGUAAUUGCUGCAAAUGGAGGAUUCUUUGACGAAAGCAAAGUUUGAAGGCACAAUUAUUAUUUCAAUUAAAAAUCAUUAUUUCUAACCUUGUCAAUGACUACAUUUCCUAUGCAUUUUUACUAUAUUUCCUAUUCAAACUCAUUUCAUGUAUGUUUUCAUGGAAAACAAGGGACAUUUCUAAGUGACCCCAAACCUUUGAACGGUAGUGUAUGUCACACAAUUUCAAAACAUUAUGAGCAAGGAGCAGCAAAGGAUAUGAGAGAUACUGGGGAUAAGGCUGGGUAACACUUCUUUGGAUAAUCCAUCUAUAGAUACUCAAUAAACUCUCAGUAACAUGUCAACUGGACUAUAGAUGUUCAACUAAUCUAUACUAGACUGUUAUACUAUACUAGACCUUCCCAUCCGAAACAGUUCUGAACAGUUUGUGCAUAUAUUAUGAUGACAUUUUGGUGACGUUUUUGUUUGUUUUGGUAUUCGGCAAGUUUUUUGUCUUCUGCUGUUCGUUUAUACCAAAAAAUACUUGAGGCAAGCCGAAGUUCGGUAGCCAAAGUCUACUCACCUUCAUCAGUCAUUGGACAACAGUAGGGAUUCUUCAAUGAAGUGUUUAUUGUCAUUCAAUGAUAGACCACUCAUUUUCAUGCACAUUUGUUCACUUGGGAAAUACUGCACCUAACAUCUUAGUUAAAUGUAAAAUUGAGCGACUAAGAUCUCCUGGGCAAAAACGUCAAAAUUAAUCACAGAUUUCUUGACUUAUCUAAGAUUAAUUCUGACUAUUUUGAGGAAGUGUAUACUGGCUACGGCGUCUCAAAAUGGACAAAGUACUAUUGCCGCUUUUUUCAAUUGAAAAAAAUAAAAUCUUGUUUUUCAAGCGAAGGUCUUUUAAGGGAGUAUGCGAGCACACUCAUUCGGUUCGCCUAGCUGAGUUCGGCUAGGCGCCAGCCGAACCGAAGCCUUUAGUUUCAAUGCUGAGAUGCAACAUCCCAGAGUGAACCAUAAUAGUUCUUGGUAAAGUCCUGCUAAGGGAGGGUGUGAUGGAGAAUGGAUGCCAGUAAACCUCUGUUGCAUCAUUGUUCUUAAUGUCCCUUAUUCCUCAAACUGGUUGAAACCUGCAGCCUGGGAGGAGCUCACACAGUACCUACUCCCCCUAGUCAUUUACUUAUCUCUCUCUCGCUCUACCCCUCCCAAUUUGUUCACUCUUUCUCUUUCUCUCCCUCUCCAACUCCCUCCCUCUUUCUCCCUCUUUUUUCCUCUUCUUGUCCAACUCUCUCACUCUUUCUCUCUUUUUCCCUUCCGUCAUCCUUUUGCUCUCCUUCUCCCUGUUUCUCUCGCUCUCUUCCCCUUCUUCUACCCUCUCUCCCUAUCUGUCUCUCUGUUCUUGUCAUUGUGCAAGACCAUACAAGACCUAAGCACAUAUAUCCAGGGAUAAAGGAUCCUGUAAAAAGCAGGGACUGUGGAACGUCAACGAGACCUCUGUGAAAUAUUGCACCUCAUAUUAAAUGCUUAUAGUUUCCUUGACAUGUACGACACAUCCCUGAACCUUCCCUCUCUCUUCUCUCUCUCUCUCUCUCUCACUGUUGUGUCUCAGCUUAGUCUUAUAGUGUGAGGCCAUUUUCCUAACCUUUCAAAAGCUUAAUUGAGUCUGUUAAUUAUAGUCCUGUCACACCUGUCUCUUCCUCUCAUCUCCCUGGAAGUUCCUGAUGAUGAGUCAUCAGUAAACUAUGUCAGACAGACAGAGACCUCUCUCCCUCUAUCCCUUGCUCUCUCCCUCCCUCUCCUACACGCACACACACCCAAGAUAGAUGACUGUCCUUGAUUGCUCAAGCAGAUCCGAUUGUAUUGGAUGGAACUGUAUUGGCAUGCCAGUCAACAUAGUCAUCCAUUACAGAUGUCUGUGACACUGUCUAUAGAACGUGUGUGGAUCGGAGCUUGAUAUGUGUGGAGCAUUGUUUCACAAUCAAAUCCUGGCCGAAUGAUCACGUAAAUGGAAUGUCUGCUUUGGUAGGGUUGAUGUGUGACAUUUACAGUUUUAUAUAUUAUUAUACAGGACAGCACAGAAAAGUAGCAGGUGCCAACAUCAUCGUUCUGUAGACACUGACCUGAAUUGCUACGUGCUUUUUGAGAUACAUUAAUGGGUACAUUCCAGCAAAGUUAUUAUUAACAAUUUAUCAUUAUCUGCACUGCCAUGGUUUCAGAUGUAUGGACCUGUAUGUAAACCAUAUAGAUGUAGGAUCUUUAAUUUGAGCCGGUUUGCUACAGCAGGAAAAUAAUCCUUCAGCAACAGGAAAUGUGGAUUAUUAUGUAGAUUAUAAUUAAUGGACAUGUUUGUAGAGGUUGAUACAUUUCUCGUUAGGGCAAAUCAAGUCUGAAAUUUCAAAGUGGAAAUUACAAACUUUAGAAUACUUUUAAAACCUCAAAUACAUUACAAGUUUGCAUUUCCUGCUCUGCGGGAAAAUUCGCAGCAACAAAAGAGUGAUCAAAUUAAGUUCCUACAUCUGUAUGAACUAUCCUCAUUCACAAACAGAGAUCCUUCACAUAAGAACUGAGCUGCUUACAAGCAAUGUGUUGCGUAAAAACGUAUGUGGUUGUUGACGUCUGUAAGAAUGCACCCAUCCCCAUACGAUACAUAUACAAAUCUGACAUCUACCUCUCCCUCUCUUUACAGCCACGCGUGAGUCAGCAUUUGUUCAUGCCAUCGCAUCAGCUGGUGUGGCGUUCGCAGUGACCCGGUCCUGUGCGGAGGGUUCGGCCACCAUCUGUGGUUGUGACACGCGCCACAAGGGCCCGCCCGGUGAGGGCUGGAAGUGGGGUGGCUGCAGCGAGGACGUGGAGUUCGGCAGCAUGGUGUCCCGGGAGUUUGCAGACGCCCGUGAGAACCGGCCCGAUGCGCGCUCCGCCAUGAACCGCCACAACAACGAGGCGGGACGAACAGUGAGACAUUUUCUCUCUCUCUCUGCAUCACUGAUAAUAUCAUCCUUAUGGAUAAACCAUUCAUAAAGAUCCCCAAGUGUUAGUAAGACUUGACUUGACAUUCAUUAAACUAAUUGCAUCCCUGCGUCUAUCUCUCCCUCAGUCUCUGAAUGACAACAUGUUCCUGAAGUGUAAGUGCCACGGCCUGUCCGGCAGCUGUGAGGUGAAGACGUGCUGGUGGUCCCAGCCUGACUUCAGAGUGAUCGGAGACUACAUGAAGGACAAGUAUGACAGCGCUUCAGAGAUGGUGGUGGAGAAGCACAAGGAGUCCCGUGGCUGGGUGGAGACGUUGAGAAGCAAGUACAACUUCUUCAAACCGCCCACGGAGCGAGACCUGGUUUACUACGAGAGCUCACCCAACUUCUGCGAGCCCAACCCAGAAACAGGCUCGUUCGGGACACGCGAUCGCUCCUGUAACUUGACGUCGCACGGCAUUGACGGCUGCGACUUGCUAUGCUGUGGCCGGGGACACAACACCCAGACGGAGAAACGAAAGGAGAAGUGCCACUGUAUCUUCCACUGGUGCUGCUACGUCAGCUGCCAGGAGUGUGUUCGAGUCUACGAUGUUCACACCUGCAAAUAG